CUCCAACAACCAGUGGUGAAAUUCAAGCUACCCUUAGCUUGAUGGCCACAGACAGGUAUUACAUCUGGUCAAUCGUGUUAUUGACCCCGCUAACUGUUGCUGCUUUUACGGGUACAGUAAACCCUCCGAAGGGGACAACUGUGAUCCAGUCGAGCUUGUGAGGCAGAAGGUACAGUCAUUGAGCACUGAAGACCCAGGGUAUCCCUCGGCUCUGCAUGAAUUUACAGAUGCUUUGUACGAUCGGUUUAAAAGUACAGGGAUCCUCUCCGACCUCGAUGAAUUUAUCGAACGCGACGAAAUGUUGUUGUCACUAUACACUCAGGAUCAUCCCAUUCAUCUGGUAGCCCUGGGUAACCUCGGCCUGGCAUUCCGGGAUCGUUUUACAUUGGGAGGGAUCUUGGAGGACUUAGAAAAGGCUAUCGGAUAUCUUUCUAUGCUGAUGGAUCGCUGCGGUCCUGAUUCCGCGUACUUCAUACUCUCUGCCACAAACCUCGCUAGCACUCUGGCUCUUCGUUACCGCCAAACGUCGGAUGCAGCAGACCUGACUAGAGCCAUUGAAAUUUACUCUUCUGCUCUGUCAAAGUGCUCCGAUGAUAAUCCUACCCGUGAUAGUCUCCUCAAUAACUAUGCCAACGCCCUUUGCAGUAAGUUCGAACUGUUCGGCGAUCAAGCGGACCUAGAGGCAGCUCUGGAGAACUACAGGAUUUGCUUGAAUCUACGUCCUCCUGGCCAUAUGAGGAGGUCCUCCCUUCUCACAAAUAUCGGCGACGCACUACGGCUCAGAUUUACCUUGGACCAAAACUUGUCUGAUUUGGAGGAAGCAAUCACAUGCUACAACGACGCACUGCAGUCGUGUGCCGCAGGACAGAGUGGAUAUGUCACGUUGUUGACCAGCCUUGGUGUUGCUCUGUGUUCUUCUUUUGAAGUGCAGGGAGAUGCGGAGCAAGUAGAGAAGGCUUUAGCUUGCUACCGUAGUGCUCUUUCUGCGUCUUCUGGCGUGGGAUCAGAACACAUACGGCUGCUCGAUUGCUUCGGCAAUGCUCUCCAGUUACGCCACCAGAACACGGGCGAUAUCGAGGAUCUUAACUUUUCGGUACAACUCUUAUCAACAUCACUUGAACUACAGCCGACAUCCUCGACUGAACGGCCCGUUACCCUCCUCCAUCUUGGUAAUAGCCUACUAAUGCGAUUCAAUAUCACCGGUGAUCUCGCAGACCUUAACACCUCAGUUGACCGCCUCGAAGUGGCCUUACAACUCUGCGGCAGGACACACCAAUUUCGUCCCUUCAUCCUUGCUGCACAUGGUGACGCGGUCCUUGCACGUUUCAAAGAGGGUGGCGAUAUUGGAGAUCUCGAUCUUGCUAUUGCACAAUCCAAGGCGGCUUUGCUGGGCUUCCCCACCCGCUCUUCGUAUCCUGCGCUUCUACACCUCAAUGAUGCAUUACUGGCUCGCUUUGGGCGAUAUAGAGACAUCAGCGACUUGCACGCUGUGAUCAACCAGUGUGACGAUGUCCUGAAUGCUCUGCCACCGACCCAUUCCCUAUUUGCUCGAUUCAAAGGAAACCGCGCUUUCGCGUUCCUUGAAAGGUUCCAGCAUGAGGGUAAGAGUAACCCUGCAGAUCUCAAUCUUGCAAUAGAUUCUCUCCGUGAUAUAGAGAGUCGUUUGCCUGAAGGAGAGGGGUUGUUCGUUUCUGUCCACUUGCACCUCGCCAUCGCACUUGAAGUGCGCUUCAACUCGAAAGGGGACGAGGCGGACCUUUAUACGGCCAUUCAACACUGCCGCAUCGCGCAUCGGAGUUGCGCUCGAAAAAAUUCGAGUUACCCAGCCGUGGUUAUGCAACUGGGGAUCAACCUGCUUCUGCUAUAUACCUUUCACGGCAAUGGUGGCAACUUGGAUGAAUCUAUUGUAUGCAUGGCGGACGCAGAUGAAUUGCUUUCCAAGCGACCUGGAAAUACCCACUAUUUCGCAUGUCUAGUCAACCUUGGGUCGGCUUUCUAUAAGCGAUUCGCCUCGCGAGGCGACCACACUGACUUGGACACAGCCAUCGAGUACACGACAAGGGCACUUGAGGUCCCCACCUACCAAGAUAAAGUCCCCGUCCUCAUUAACCUGGGUACGAUGCUCUGUACUCGACACAAGGAAACCCACGUUCUCGCUGAUUUGAAACAAUGCAUCCAGUAUUUCGAAUCUGCUUUUGCCACAAUUCCUCCAGCGCAUCCUGAACGAGCCACCUUAUUGGUUUGUUUUGCUCAGGCGCUAUGUAGGUUGGCAAAGGCUGAGGAUGACGUACGUCACUUAGAACUGGCCAUCCAAUACCUUCGAGACGCAAUCUCGAUAGGGCGAAGUGAUCCUUAUUUUCCGUUUACUGUUGCGCACCUUGUUGACGUGCAGAGGCGCCUUGCUAUGCGCCAGCAUGACAAUGACCAGCUCCAAGCUAGUCUAGAUGCUCUCAGGGCCCUCUCGCAUUUGAUUCCUAAGGAGCAUCCUGCCCUCAAAACGGUGUAUCUCUCCUCGGCAUCCCUGUUACUGCAUAUGUUCUCCCUCAACGAAGAUCCGCUUCUCCUGGACGAAGCUUUCAGCUGUUUCGCCAGUGCUGCAGCGCGCCCAUUAUUAGGUCGCGAUCUUCCCGUUUCAUUAAAAUGGGCAAAACAAGCGGAGAGGCUACACCACUCCUCGGAACUUCAGGCAUACCGAGUGUCACUCUCGUCAUUGGAUACGUUCACGCAUUCCACCCUGGCCGUCUCCUCGCGUCACAAAUACCUUUCGCAGAGCAAAAACGCCAAGUAUAUCAACCUGCUGCCAUCUAAAGCAAUGGCGUGUGCAAUAGAACGCAGGUCUUUAGAAGUGGCAGUUGAACUUUCGGAACAGGGUCGAGGACUCAUUUGGCACCAGCUAGCCCACACACGUACUCCGCUAGACGCGUUGCGCCAAGCCGGCGAGGACGGCAUGGCCCUCGCCUCUGAUUUCGAACGGGUUUCUGCGCAGCUCGAGAGAUGGAGUUCGCGCUCUAUUUCUGAGAUGACAGCGCAAGCGUCUCGUCUGACUGCGGAAGAAGAUACUCGUCUAUAUAAGCAACGCCACCGUGAAUGGGUGGAGAUUAUAAACCGUGUUCGGGAAAAAAAAGGUUUUGAGUCUUUCCUACGUGCUUUUGCGUACAACGAAUUGCAAGAAGCUGCUGUCGGAGGACCGGCAAUCCUCCUGAACGCACACGAGAAGCACUGUGACGCCAUCGUCGUCACGAAGGAUCGACCACCGCUCUUGAUUCCCCUCCAAAGCACGUCAGUCACUGAGCUCGUCACGAUGGGCGAGACAAUUUACAGGGUGUUGAAAGAAACAGGCUACGUAGGGGAAGGGAAGGUGCGGGAAAGGCGACUCGUGCCUGUUCUCCGAAAACUCUGGGAUGUCGUUGUUGAGCCUAUCGUAAACGAACUAUUGAAAUUCCUACCGCGAGGAUCGCGGGUCUGGUUUUGUCCGACUUCCAAGUUCACUACUCUACCCCUCCAUGCAGCUGGUCCUUAUCGUAGGGGUCUUCCAAAUCUGCCUGAUAUCUACAUUUGUUCGUACACACCCAGCCUUUCCGCCCUCAACAGGUCAAGGUCCCAGAAAUCCCACCUUGUGUCCGCGCCACCGUCGUCUUUCCUCGCCAUCGGGCAAUCAAACUCAGCAAUUAAUGGGAGCCAAGAAAGUGAACUGCAGUCUGUCAGCGCGGAGCUUGCUCUCGUCGAAUCGUUGAUUCCGUCAUCAUCCCUCUCAUUCAAGCGGAUCUCUGGCGACGAGGGGACAGCAGACACCGCGAUCGAGGGUUUGCGAACACACGCGUGGGUACAUCUCGCGUGUCACGGAAAGCAAGAUCUAGGAGAUCCGUUUGCGUCAGCUUUUUCCUUAAAGGAUCGUCCGAUCAGCUUGCUCGAUAUCAUCCGCGCAGAACCGGAAAACCCGGCCUUUGCAUUUCUCUCGGCAUGUGACACUGCCGUCGGUGAUGAGCACACACCCGACGAGGUUAUCCACCUCGCUGCGGGGAUGCAAUUUGCUGGAUUCAGGAGCGUGAUCGGGACUAUGUGGGCUGUGGAUGAUUCUACGGCCCAACACAUGGUGAGGGAGUUUUAUAAGCACAUGUUUAGCGGAGACAAAGCACCAGACUCCACGCAAGCGGCCAAAGCUUUGAACAAAGCUUCAAAAACAGUCGACAAGAAUGUCGUGCCAUUAGACCAGCGGAUCGUCUUCAUACACAUCGGAGUUUGACAAUAUGCUUCGACGUUGGAACCACUAUUGUACUCUAGGCCAUUCGUCCUGUUUCGAAAUCUCAGAGAUACCAAGUUGCAUUGAAUUUGUCUACAUGGAUACACAGGUAUACCCCGUACUUUUAGUUGUUACAUGUAACGGGCCACAUUCUAGUUAGCAAAAAGCUGUUCACCUCGAGCUAUUAUGGAAGAGCGGACAAGCCCCAGAAUAAAAGCUUGCCACCCUUGACAAUAAGGUGAAAAUGUUUCAUGUUGCACCCCAAACUUCAGAAGCCGCCACCAGAAAUCAAGGCGGCGUCUGUACACAUAACGGUGCGAGCAGUACUUUGUACUCGUCGAACCUCGGCAUGGAUUCAGCUUGUAGAGCAGCAAAUGCGAACGUCGUGGCGGACACGUUGGAAUUGCACGGAUCUUUGGACAUUGAAGAAGAUGGAAGAGAAAAAAUGAAAGUCUUCAACAAACCCG